AUGGAAGGAUCAAAUGCAGCUAUGGACCGCGUUCCAGAGUUCCGGCCACUGGACAGCGCCAAAUGUCGCACAGGUUCAGACAGGCGAAGCGAGCUGUUGCGCGUGGCGGGCGCGGAGUUGUGCGGCACGGCGCUGCUGGUGCUUCUGACGUGCCUGCCGGGCUGCAACACUACAGCUAGCGGCGCUUCGCUAUUGCAGCGCGCGCUCUCCGGCGGGCUCGUGGUGACUCUGAUCGUCCAGUGCUUCGAUCACGUAUCCGGCGCCCAUCUCAACCCCACUGUCACCUUGGCGGCGGUUCUAACGCAAAGGAUAUCUGGGCUUCGCGCGGCAGUCAUGUCUGUUUCGCAGCUGGUCGGCGGAAUUCUCGGUGCGGUCACAUUGCGCCUGCUCGCAUCGCAGGCGGUGCAGUCGUGUGUCACCAAGCCGGCGAGCUAUAUCUCACUUUAUCAGGCGCUGGCUAUAGAGACCCUGCUGGGGUUUUGCUUGGCGAUGGCCAACCUCGGCUCAUGGGAUGCGCGCAACCGCCACCUCAUCGACUCGUGGCCGCUCCGCAUUGGCAUCGUCGUCACCGCGCUCUCGCUCGCCGCCGGUGACUUGACAGGCGCCAGCAUGAACCUAAUUCGCAGCCUCGCUCCAGCACUAGUCAGCAGAGAUUUUGAAGCUCUCUGGGUAAAUUCUGAAAAGACUGAAACAGAUGAAAAUCUGAGAGUGCAAGAUUGGGACUAUAUGGUGGAUGCAUUAAGACUUCCCCGUCUAACUCUUAAUUCAUGUUCAGUGGCUAAAGACCUGUACUGCGCGGGUCCGCUGGCGGGCGCGAGCGCGGCCGCGGCGCUGCACGCGAGCGCCUGGCGCGCGCCGCCCGACGCGCCCGCGCGCGGCUGCUCUCCCGCGCGGGAGCCUGCGCACAAGGCGCCGCUCUACACGUGA